AUGUUUAUAAACUGCUCAGUCUCCGCGAACGUACAAAAAGUACCUGAAGGAGCUCUGAGUGCAGUCACCUACCCCGAGCUUCGUGUAUCAUUCCAUCUCUCUACUUCUUAUUGUAUUCGGAUCUACUUCCGGCUUAUGCACAACGUCUCUUCACCCACGUCAGCCCAAAAGUCCAAACCAAUAUUGGUAAGGCGUUUGGAUGAGACAACACCGUUUCAGAGGAGGUUGUCUGCGAAGACACAAAACGUACAAGGACGUAGCCACCCCUGCUCCAGAUACGCCAGUGACCCCUCUAUCUUAUCUAGAUGUCACAGCAAGAAAGCGACGUCUUCCGAAGUUAGUCGUUCUAAACGUCAAGCUUCCAACGGAAGGAGAUCGCCUCGCGAGAAACUGGUUUCCAUCCCUCGCCGUCGCAUGCGCCACCGCCACAGCCGCCAGCGCUCCCCGUACCUCCGCCCCCGCCCCGUCUUGGCCCUCGCCCACGCCGCCGCCGCCGCCGCCGCCUUCGUCGGGCGCUGUCGGGCGAGACCGCGCGCAGCCCUGACUGCUGGAAGCGUGUGCAGCAGCGCCGCGCAACGCGGUGCAGCGAAGCGCUUUCAGCGCCGUCGGUUCAAGCAAGAAUUAACCAGCGACCGGGGCGGAGAGGCGCAAGCCGGACGGGCUGCUACCUGCUGCUAUCCUGGGAGGCGCGAGCGGCAGCUGGCGGGCGGGCCGCCAACUGGCGCAGGAAAGCCGCGAAAGCUGCAGCUGCGGCGGCGGCGGGCGGCCGGCCGGCAGCGGGCGGCGGGUGGCUCGGCGGGCGCGAGGGCGGCGGCGGCGGCCGGGCGGACGGAACGGGCGCCUGUGCUGCGGGCCUGGCCUUUGGCAGCCUGGGCGAAGCGCGAGUCAGGCAGCGGGCGGCCGCAAGCGGCGGCGCGGCGCCGGCGUGGCGGCGUGGCAGUGGCGGCACUCUCCGCCCCGGUCGCUGGCCCAGCAACGACGCCCUCCGCCAUGGACCGCUCCGCCGGCGACCUGCAGCUCAUCCGAUUCGUGCGCCAGUACCAGUACUUGUACGACACGGGCUCCGACAACUACAAGAACGUCAAGCUCAAAGACAACACGUGGAAGAAGAUAGCGUUGGCGCUGGGACUGUCAGUGGAAGUUAGUAAAACACGAUGGAAGUCACUGCGAACCUCGUAUCUACGCCACUGCAAACUAAUGGCCUGCCGGAAGAAGGAAUCGUCCAAGUGUCGAAAAUGGCCGCUUGCAGAUGAACUGUCGUUUUUGAACCCGUAUCUGGUCCCCACCGAUUAUGUUGGAGGUGAAGAACGCGAAGAGGCAGAGGCAGAGGCAAGAACGAGAAAAGCAGGGGCAGAGGAAGAACAAGAAGAGGCAGAGGCAAGGAAGAAACGCAAAGAGAGCAGAGGAAGACCGAUAAGAGGCAAGAUGAAGAACGAGAAGAGGCCAGAGGAGAACGAUAAGAGGCAGCAUGAGAACGAGAAGAGGCAGAUGAAGAACGAGAAGAGGCAGAUGACAGAACGAGAGAGCAGAAUGAAGAACGAGAAGAGGCAGAGGAAGGACGAGAAAGGCCAAGAUGAAGAACCGAGAAGGCAGAGAUCGAGAAAGCAUGAAGAACGAGAAAGAGGCAGAUGA